GGGGGAAAAGAGGAGGAGGAGGAGGAGGAGGCGGCAGCGGCCGCGGGGACAGCGACAAACGGGGACCGCCAUGUACCGGCACGUCACCGCCACCGUCACCGCCGCCGUCCGCCUCCGGCCCGGCCGCGCCUGGGCUCCGGCAGCGCCCGUAGCGCCCGGGACGGCCCCGCCGCGCCGCCGCUACCGAGCGCGGCCGCAGGGCCUGGAGCCCCCCCUGGGGCUGGCGCUGCUGCCCCCCCCGCGCUGUCCCCAGCCCCGGCCCCCCGGGACCCCCCCCCGGGGGCUGCAGGGGCUCGGGGGUCCCGUCACCACCGUGGACGGGCGGCGCGAGGACGACAUCGAUGUCAGGGACCGCCCCCGGCUGCUGCUGGGACCCCCCGGACCCCCCCCCCGGCGGCCCCGGGACCCCCCCCCGGGGGUCGGGCCAACCCCCCCUCCAUGGAGGAGCACCUGGCCACCAUGCACGAGAAACUGAGGCACGAGCUCCCCAAUUUCUUCCUGAAGAUUCCGGAUUAUUCCAUCUACGCCCCCGACGUGGAGUUCCAGUGCCAGCACCUGCACCUGCACACACGGGGCCGGGCCAUGUACGCGGUGGCCGUGGCGCUGUGCCGGGCCCUGGCCUGGGGUUACUUUGCCAGCCUCAGGCUGGAGCUGCUGGCGCUGACGCGGCACCCGGAGGAUUGGAGCCUGCGGGCACGGUGGCGCCUGACCGGGCUGCCCCUGCACCUGCUGCUGCUGCGCUGGUACCGGCGGGACAAACGGACCCUGCUCAGGUCCUACGACGCCCUCUCCACCUUCUUCCUCAACUCCGGGGGGCUGAUCCGCUGCCACCGCGUCGACAAGCUGAUGCCGGCCCCCACCGCUGUCCCCGAGCCCAAGAAGCUCCUGGUGGCCUCGGCGCUGGCGGCGGCGCUGGCCCCGCCCUGAGGGGACACCUGAGGGGACACCUGAGGGGACACCUGAGGAGCGCCCCUCCCCCACCCCGGAGCGGCUCCCACGUCACCUGCGCCCCUCCCCCACCCGCCGCGCCCCU